AAUGGAAAGAAAAAGAAUUUCUGUUUCAUAAAUCACACCAUUACAGCUUCUUCACGCCCGGUUUGUUUUUAUACAUUGCACUAAAAAUGUCACUGCUCUAAAACCCUGCUGUAAUUGGCAAUUAAACGCAUUCAACUUGUUGCAUAUUUCGGUUGGAUAGUGGGAAACGGACAGAAAACUAGGACGGCAUAAGCAGCAAUAAUAUUGACAGACGUAAUAUAAGUACAGUAAUUUCUACGCGAGCGAAGCAUGUUAAAUGUAAGUAUUGAUUUAAUUUUAUUUUUUUAAUCAGUUUUAUGUAAUAAAAUAAUGAUGUUUUUUUUUUGGUUUUAGAUUUUGUCCAAUGUCAGCCGAAGGAGGGUACCCGCUAUGCGUUACAGAAAAACGCAGCUGAUGGUGUGAUGGUGUGCGUAAGGGCAAAUCGUCCAGCAUAAAAGUGCACCCACCCCCAGUGUUAAGAAUGUGAAGGAUUUACAACAAAAUCGCCGCAAAAAGUGUGAGAUAACGGGAAGCCCUGUUCCCGUGCAGCAUGAAAGUGAAUCUUUUGUGUGUUGUUCAAUUUGCUACACUGCUCUGCUAUCAGGUUUUAGUUGGUUCUGUUAACAUUUCGAGUCCCAAAAAAAUCCUAUCCACCCGCGAAACACACACACACACACGCAUGCACAACCACCCUUAAUCACACGCAUGUAUGCAUCUCGCUUUGGCAUACAUGGCGCAUCCUCCAUGUCAGGAGCUGUCAUUCGUGGUGCGUUUCUCAAUCAAACGUUCACACGUGUAUGUACGCGUGCAGGUGUGUGUGUGUUGGUUUGGCGCUAGCGCAAACUACGUGCAACGUGCUUAUCGAAAACAGCAGUAGAGCAGCAGCCGCCGAGAAAACAUCUAACAAGAUCCAACAGCAAAACUGAAUCUCAUAGACUGCUCCUAAACGUGGGUAGUUUUAGAAUGACCGCGUUGGGUAAGAAUUUACUCCCAUGUAUACUAUUAUCACCCCGUCAACCAAUCAAUCCACCGUGCUCGCGUUCCCGCUCUCUAUCAAUCUAUGUAUUACAGUGUUGCCAUCUCAACCUCAAAUUAAGUUUAAAAAAACAUGUUUCUUUCACAUACCAUAAUUUGGAAUUUAGUUAAGUUAUUAAAAUUAAAAAAAUUGUACUAAAAUGCAAAAUGUAUUGCAAUUUCCAUAUAACAUUUAAACAGAAAACUAAACAAUGGAUACACACAAACGGGAAAGAAGCAAACCAAUGAAAACGUCUGGGCGAACAAUGCCCACUACAGUGAAUGUGAUCCCAAGUAAUGUAUUAAGCACUGCAGCGAAUGCACCCUCACUGCCGGUAACUCCGGAACGGCGACUGACAGCGAUGCAGACCGGUAGCAACACGGGCGUUGCGCACAGUGUUGGAACGGACCUGCCCGGUACGAUCAAUGUCAAGCGCAAGGUACCACGGCUGUCGGGCAAACGACAGCCGGGCAAACCGUUCUCCGUCAGUCUCGGUGCGAAGCAGGCCUGCAGCCGUCCGUGUCUCGGCCGCAAGUCGCUGCCGACGGUCGUCGGUGGAAGUGCCGGGCGGGUUACACGUCACAGCGCUGUGCCACCGAUCGUUGUUACCGCCGCCACAACGAACAGUGAUAAUUCCAGUGAUUCCAUUCACGGCUUUGACCAGAGUGGUGACAGUACCAGCGAGCACGACAAACAUCAUCAACUAACGGAGGCGGCCGAGUACGGUGCGUCGCCGAACAGCUAUCAACCAUCGUCCAUCGUUCAAUAUAGCUCCGAAGUGCAGCAGCCUCAGCAGCCCCAGCAGACAGGUAGCAGUGGGAUGGUUGCCACAUCGGGGUCUCCACUGUCCCAGAGUUUAUCACCCGCGACAGGAUCCUCCCCGCCGUUAUCGAUCUCAUCAACCGUAACGCUUAGUACGCCCUCGCUAGCGAACUGUACCGGCAGACAGGGUGCCUCCGUUGGUAGCUCGCGGUCGGGUAACCACCCCAGCGGUAAUCGAACCUCCAGCACAGCUGGAUCUGGACUGGGUGCCGAGGGUAGACACGUACCGUUUCGGUUAACGGCUGGUAACGAUGGAAGUUGUAUGCCGGGCGGAUCGCCCACACAUGCCAGUGUCCGGGACGGGAAGGUACAGCUCCAGAUUGUAACGCAACCGGAGCAGCAACACCGGGCCAGGUACCAGACGGAAGGUUCCCGAGGUGCGGUGAAAGAUCGCAGCGGCAAUGGGUUCCCGGUGGUGCGGCUCGUUGGAUAUACCAAACCUACCGCACUGCAGGUGUACAUCGGUUCCGAUGUUGGACGACCCUCGCCCCACAUCUUCUACCAGGCGUGCAAAGUAUCGGGAAAGAACUCCACACCCUGCAUCGAGCGCAACAUGAACGGUACGAAGUACAUCGAGAUACAGCUGAAGCCGGAAAACAACAUGACGGUAACGUGCGAUUGUGUCGGCAUACUGAAGGAACGUAACGUGGACGUCGAGUACCGGUUUCCGGAUCAGACCGCAUCACGCACGAAGAAAAAAUCAACCCGAUGUCGGAUGGUGUUCCGCACGACCAUUCUCGGGGACGACGGUACGGCAGAAAUGCUACAGGUGUGCUCGCAGCAAAUCAUCUGCACACAACCACCGGGUGUGCCGGAAAUACUGAAAAAGUCACUAAUCUCCUGCCCAGUUGAGGGUGGACUCGAGCUGUUUAUCAUUGGCAAAAACUUCCUCAAGGAUACGCGCGUAGUCUUCCAGCGGUCGAAGGGUAUGCUAACGCAGUCGGCAUUUACACGCACGGUUGUGCAGAAUACAACGGCCUGGGAGCAAUCGGUCAUCCCCGAUAAGGAACAUCUAAAUCAGGUACAUCUCAUCUGCGUAGUGCCACCGUACGAACGGCAGGACAUUACCGAACCGAUCACAAUCAAAAUGUACAUCGUAUCUAGUGGCAAAAAGAGCGAAACGCAUGACUUUAUUUACACACCGAAAGGUGAACAUACGACACUCAGUGCGGCAACCGUAUCAUCGCCAGCGCGCCGUAACAGAAUCAAUACAACCGUUGGUCAACAACUGCAACAACAGCAGCAGCAGCAGCCACAAUCCCAACCAACAUCACUCAACUAUUUUAGCGAGCUUGCUGCUGCCGCCAUUGGCAACGGUACCGAAUUGGAAAAUGGCGCCACCGUUAAUGUUGGUGCGAACGCUGACGGUGCACUAGCGGUGGCGAACGCUAAUGCGGCCAUUAAUGCGAUUGCAGCAACCGUCGUCUCAUCGUCAGCAAUGGGUGAGCUGCCGGGACCGAACGGAACUGCCGGUCGUUUCGUCUGCAACGGCAACCGCAAUGAAGCUGUGUCACCGUUCGAUGAGCCAAAUGUAUGCGACAAUCGGCCAAUAUUUUUGAGAACUUCUACACCGCUCGAAAUCGCUGCGAAAGGCUUAAUGCCGCCACCAAUCAAUGUGCUGCAACCAAUCGGUGGAGGUACUGUAAGUAUUAUACAACCGCAGUGCCAUUCGGGUUUGACGAUCGGUGGUGGUAGCGACCAGCAGUACUCGGUGUCCUUAUCAUCACCGCAGCAGGUACAAACCACAGAAGCAUUUAAAGCGGAAUUGGUUGAGCCUGAGUGUAGCCGUAGCGAUAUGGUAGAUGAGGACUCACUGGACGGUGUUAUGUACAGACCGCUACCGACCGACGCAAGCAUUCUGUAUCGUCGGAGAAGCGUCCGUCAACCGAGCAUGGAUAUGGAGGACAGUUCAUCAUCCAUGUCGCUGCUGCCUAAUGGUAGUCACAUGUUGGACAUGCCACUUGGUGACGAUGGUGGUCCUGGUGCUGGAGGUGGCGGUAACAGUGGCGGUUCGAUAGGUGCACAGCACUUCGAUACGGUGAUGAACAUCGCCACCAUGGCCACUUUCUGUGGCAGUGAAAAUUUGUCUAUGGCGCUGAUGGAUACGAACUAUAUGGGCGGUGAGUCGAUAGAUGCUACGAAACCCGCCAUACCGUCCGAGUGCGAGUUGAAAAAUAUCAUCAAGACGGAGACCCAAGCACAACCGCAACUAUCCUCGGCCUCACCGGCCAGUAUACAGCUAAGUCAAUUGAUGGUGGUUGCAUGUAAUGACGCUAUUGCCACACAAAUUGAAGCGAAAUGUUUGCAACAGCAACAACAGCAGCAACAACAACAGCAGCAGCAACAGCAGCAGCAGCAACAGCAGCAGCAGCAGCAACAACAGCAACAACAACAGCAGCAUCAGCAACAGCAACAACAGCAACAACAGCAGCAGCAACAGCACGUCCAGCAGCAGCAGCAACAACAAGCUGCCCUUUUAGAUAUUUCUAACCUGACGGUUCCGAAUGAUGCUGCUGUAGUGCAAAGUAUGUUACAACAGCAAGAUGUGCUGCUAGCGCCGACCGUCCCUACAGCCACAUCCCUGUUACAGCAACAACAAGAACAACAUCUCCAUCAGCAGCAACAGGAGCAGCAUCAACAUCAUCAGCAACAACUACAGCACCAACAACAGCACCAACAACAGCAUCAACAACAAAUGCAACAGCAACAACAGCAGCAGCAACAACAAUUACAACAACAGCAUCAACAGCUACAACAGCAACAGCAACAACUGCAGCAGCAGCAGCAGCAACAACAACUCCAGCAGCAACAACAACUACAGCAGCAACAACAACUCCAACAGCAGCAACAAAUUCAGCAGCAGCAACAACUCCAACAACAGGAACAGUUGCACCAUCAUCUGCAGCAGCUGCAACAGCAGCAACAGAUGCCAGCAGAAAAAAUGGACGUCGGUAUGGUUAGUGGUUCGGUUGUUGUGUGCGAUGGGUUGUUAAUGAACAGUCAGUUAGCCCAGCAACCGAUGGAUACCUCAGCACCGUUAACCGCUGCGUCGGUUAUGGGAGCAAUGGGUGUACAUCUGAGCAGCGACGUAACUAGCGGCGCAGGUGAGAUACCGCCGGUCAACAGGGUCGCUACGGUCGAGCCUCAGCAUAUAGAUGAUCAACAGAACAAUGGUGCAUCCAUUGCGAUGGAUUCGAUCGGUCUCAAUGCGGCACAGGAGGUAUCACUUGUGGAAGAGUCUCGUGUUCUAGCUUCGGAUCUAACCUCGAUGUCUGACACGGAGCUAAUGAACUUUAUAUGUCCAAGUGCUUUCGAUUCCGUUUAAGGCUGCAGAGAGGCUACACAACAUACAACACCGGCAACAUAUGGAAUAGUGUGUAAGUAAAUACAUGGACAAGCGAGAACAGGCGUGCUGCAUUAUAGCAAACAUGCUAUUUAUCGCUUCAUGCGAAUCUGUGCAUAUAACGUAUGUUGAACUGUGUGCUACAAGCACGCAACAAGUAAGAUCGUUUCAAUUGAUAUGUCUGUAUUAUGUUCUACUUCCACUUGCCAAAUGUUUGUGGCGUAGUUGCGCUCACCUUUGCGAACAGACAAUCCCACGUAGUUGUGCAAAAUGUUAAAACAAAUGCGCAGCAUUUGAAUGACUUCUUCUCGGCAUUUCUUGGCAUCCUCAGAAGGUCCUGGCGAGCUGAAGUUAUUUCAGCAUUUUCGAACUGAUUUUCAAGUUAUUUACAGCAACAUUUGUCAAGUGGAAACUGACGUAUAGGUUUGUUUGUUUGGUAGCAACCUAGUUGCGUACAAAACAUUUUAAAGAAGCUCGUCCAAAAAAGAAAAGAGAGUGGAAUUUAAGUAAGCAACCUAGUUCCUACAGCUCGGACAAUGGUCCACGUUUUAAAUAGUGUGUGUGUUUUUUCAUCUUGCGUUAGUGGUGUAUUGCAGAACUCAUAACGUUUGCCAUAAAAAUUCUUUAAGUCAUGUUGUACUAGGACGAAGGAUACAGUAUACAAUUAACUUGCUGGUAGAAUUAAAAAAAGCACGUCAUGUUUGAACGAACAGUUUACCGGCGUUGGUUGUCAUGUAAGGCUAUGGUUUAAGCACGGUAGGAGAAAGUUAACGUAAAUGAGAGUAUUUUUCGCUAUUAGAGUGAAACCACACAAUUGUCAUUGUAGAUGUAUUCUAUUAAACCGUCAUUCUACGACUUGUUAUUAAACACGUGCACCCUUUUUAUACUAAAACACGCACAUUCAAAUUUACAAUGCUCCUAUUCUUUUCUUCGAAUUGUCACCUGCGUGGAGACCCCUUUUAUGGCACUGGUAAUACCUUCUUCAAACAUAAACAUACACGUAUACACGCCCAUAACCAAUCACUCACUUAUAGUUAAAUUGGCAGCGGCGAUAACGAAGCGUCAAAGCACUGACUUUUACAAUCUAUAAGAUAUAGCGUAACGAUGCAUGCAAGAGCGUUCAAAACCAAAGUGAGACUUUCAUCCGAUAGACAGAAAAGGGCACUUGUUAGUGGAAAGCAAAUCACUUAACAUUUAAAACAAUAUGGCUGUUGAUUUUUUUUCUUUUUGCUUAGUUAAUUAUUUAAAUUCCAUUUAAAUGCGCAUAAGUGAAACAAGGACGUUUAAAUUACUGUUAAACUCAUACAUGAAUAAGUUCGUGAACGUGGUUUUUGCUUUAGAGAUUUUGAUCUUCAGUGAAACAGAAAAUAAGAACGGCACAAAACAACCUUUCUGCGUUUUCAGAAAGAAGCACAUGGAAAAAAGGGAAAUUUAGUGAUGCGAUAAACUAAUGGGCAGAAGUGGAAACCAGGAGGUUAUCACAAGGAAUGAAAGCAAAUGAUCAGAAUCGACGAUAUAUACAGCUAAUGCAAACAGAACCCAGCAAAGAUCACACACACAAAAGCAGACUGCCAUAAAUUCCCGUUUAGCGUUUAAGCAAGUAAGGCUAGGAGUGAUUUCGAUUCACACCGCGUGUAAACAUUGCUGUGCAAACUGAGCAUUCGUCGUUUCAAUGCAGCUAACUCAAAAAUGAGUACGUCCGAUAGUGUAGUUUCAGCAUCCUGCCAUCCAUGUCGGGUUUAGGCGAUUUAAGAAAAGUGAAAAGAAGCUCCACGUUUGGUGGAUAGCAUUUUAACGAUGAUGGCAAACGUAAACCUACUAUUGUGAUGUUAAGCAUAACCCGGCUGUGCAACAGGUGGGUUACUCAGACGGUUGAAUCCAGGGUCGAUAGCUUCGUUGCGUACACUGCACGAACACUCGAAACUGACUGAACUUGAGUUCCACGAACUUGACAUCGAGUUGCGCGCAGAUAAGUAUAAACGCUCGCACUGUGAUAGUGCUGCAGCGCGAGUUCUAAAACACUCUUUUGGAGUGCUAGUAGAACAGAUAGAGAGAGAGAGAGAUAGAGUGGCAGAACUAGAGGAACGGUAGGCAUAUAUUAGUCCAAAUUCAACGAAAAGUCUUAAUUAACAAACUUUAAAAGGCCAAACGAUUAUUCGAUAAUCGGACGUAAAUUAAUUAUCAUAGAUGAUAGGUGAUAACCCGAAGUCAACGAAGCACACAAAUCAAAAAUAUUGUUAAUUUUUUUUCCUUCAAUUUUUAGGUUAAAAUUAUUAUUUUUCAUCAGACGACUUUAAAAGAACGGAAGAACCUAUUACGUCUUUACUAUUCCACAAAUCAAGAAAUGAUGGAAAGGUCCAAAGUAAUUUUUUGUUAUGUUUUAAUAUUUUAUAUACAUAAAUGUAUUAAAUAGAUUGUGAAUAUGAGGAGAGUUUAUAUUAACGUUAUUACAUUGGUUACCUUGUAGUGAGUGUUUUUGUUUAGCUUUCCCAUCUCGAACACUAAUCAGAAUGUUUUCAGUGUAGUUUUUGUGUGCGCGCUAUACGUAAGUGGAUCGGAUUUCUGAUCCUAUAUUUCAUUACUAUAUACAGUUAAAAUAUUCGAAAAAUUCCUCUAUUGUUUUUUGUUUUAAAUACUAUAUUAAAAGCUGUCAAUUAUUAUUGUCAGGCUGACGUUAAAAAAAGAAACCAUCGUGUGUUGCAUUUGAUGCUAGGGAGAGAUGAAAAGUCAACGAACAUGGAUCACAAACAGGGUUUUCUACAAGAGGUACUGAAUUUACAAUAUCUAUAAUAAAACGUUUUAUCAUAUUGUCUUGAGGUGGAUUCUACAGAGCGGAAACAAAAAAAAACCUUACAACCCACACAAACCGUGUAUUACAAGAUUCGAUUGGCUAUUUAGACAAUUUUCUCAUUACGACAACUCUCGAUGAAUGUAUUAUGUGAAGGAAAUUAAAAAGUACAACUGAUUCAUAUAUAUUACCAAACACAUACACACACGCUGGUACCAUUAGUACGAUGAGGUUGUCAGUGACAGGAACCGGAAGGUUGAUUUGAGCUGCAACAUGCUCAAUUUAGGCCGGUUUGGUGCAAAACGCACACAGAAAAGAUGUACGAAUGCAACGAUUAGCUUAGUAAGCAUUAAAAAGGAAGAAGUUGUUUAGUGGAUGAUCUAAAACUCUCAAUCUGCUGUGUGUCAUUUGUAGUCAGCAUACAUAUACAAACGUGUCAACACUAUUCUUACUGUUAUUGUUCACAAUAAACAUUUAUUUUGUUUUUUUUUUUCGGAAUAUCUACUAUAA